CUUCCUUGUCGACGUGUCCGAGAUAUGCCGGUUACUCCGAUGAUACGUCCCAUGCGUCCAUGUCUCUGUGACCCUGACCUUUGUCAUGACUCCGUAUAUCAUUAGGAUUCUGAUGCCACGAAACCUUCCGCAUCCGUGGCAAAUCUUGCAAACUCCUUGACAAACCGACCGCGUCUUCAACUCCGCUCGACCAGCCAGUUCGCUCCCGUUCAGGUUCGAACCGUCAUUACAGCCUCCCAACAACGCGAGCCGCCAUGUUCUUCAGCUGCCGUCCCCGCCAGCCGCCCCGGCCGCACCGGCCGCAGUGCAUGUACGCCGGCUGCUCCCACCGCGCCUUGCGGUGCGACUCAAAGAGCGAGGGCAAAGCCAUUCUCUCGCUCUACUGCAAGGAUCACGCCUGUCGACAACGGCUGGGCGAGCUGAUGUGCCCCAACUACAAGUUGUCUGGCCUAUCCAAGUACUGCGAAGACCACCGCCGCUGCGAGAACCACGGCUGCCCGCACCAACGCAUCUGCGGCGACACCAGCCAGGACUGGCCCUACUGUCAGAAACAUACCUGCCUCGCCCAGGGAUGCCACCAAAAGCGCGCCGCCGGCUCCCAGAUGUGUACUCACCAUACCCCCUUGUGCCUCAUUCCCGGCUGCGGCCACCCCCGCACCGACGACGGCCUCUACUGCGCCGGCCAUAGCUGCGCCGACCGCCACUGUGGCGCCGUCAUCAACAGCGGGCACUGGUGUAAGGACCACCGGCUCUGUCGGACGGAGGGCUGCGGCAAGCCCAGGGCCGUCACGGCGGGCGGCGGGUUCGAGGACGUCUGUUGGCAGCGUGAGCUCUCUCUCUCUCUCUCUCUCUCUCUCUCUCUCUCUCUAUCUGGGAUGCCACGUCGGUGUCGAGAUACUAACGCGGGUUUCUUCCUUCCAGAUCUCCCAGCCGCCUGUCUCGCCCCGGGCUGCCCCGGCAUCGUCAAAGGUGGCGUGAGGUUCUGUCCCCAGCAUGAGUGCAUCUACCCCCCGUGCCGCGAGCAGAAGGACAACGACACGGACCCAUCGCGACUCUACUGCGCGAGCCGUAAGUUUCUCCCCCGACAUCCUUGAUCAAUCACAAGCCGCGAAGACCCUCUGACUCACUCGACCCGCUCCCCAUCAGACACCUGCAGCAGCCAGGCCUGCCCGCAGCCCGCCGCCGACCUCGCCGGCCCGUCCGUCGCGCGCUACUGCGUCACCCACAAGUGCGCCG